AUGAGACACUCGAGGAUACGAAGCCACGCGCCAGCUUACCUGUCUCCAAGCCCGUCGCCCCGGGACCUGUCGCCAGAACCAGCCCCAGACGACGACCGAGGCGGUGGGCCCAUCAUGUCUACGUCCCGGCCAGUCAGUCUGGCGCCCUCAACGGGCUUCCGGCUACCAACCCUCGAGGAGAUCCUUGCUGACUCUGCACCUUAUCCAUACACCCUUGGCGCCUUCAUGGCCUAUCUGUCUCAGAACCACUGCCUCGAAACGCUCGAGUUCACCAUGGAGGCCGAUCGCUACAAGCUCGCCCACUCCCAGUCCCAGCACACCUUCAUGGACAGCGGCGACCACGUCUGCGAGCUGUGGCAGAAGCUAAUCCAGGUCUACAUCCAGCCCUAUGGCUCCCGGGAGGUCAACCUUCCCUCGCACGUCCGGGACCGUUUGUUAAGCCUCUCUUGCGGGCCCACCCCGCCGGACCCCGCAGAACUUGACGACGCGGUCAGGAUCGUCAACGAGCUCAUGAGCGAUUCCGUCCUGGUCCCGUUCCUGGAAUCCCUCUCCAGCCCGGCCGGCGACAUCCACCUCGACGACAAACCCACCGAGUCGAGGUCAAGACACGGCAGGUCACGCACGCGAACGCGGUCUUCCAAGGACACCUUGUCACCCAGCGAGGAUCCUAGCCGGUCGCCAAAGACCUCGUUCCUCCCUCACCUGAGCAUCAGCCGCAGGAGUGACCUCAACAACCGCUAUGUGUCAUCGUCGAGUGAGCCCACAGAAGACCUGACAGACGACAGCGGGACCAACUCGCCCCCCGCGUGCGACCCCAUGACCCCGCCGACGACGCCGCCCACAACAGACUGGGCCUUCAGCGGCACCCCUCCCGGAACCCUCCACAAGGCAAUCAGUGCACACAGCAACGGCUGGAAGAAGGUCGGCGCGAAGCUUGGCCUGGGGAGGAAGGGCCGGUCUGGCCACCGCGGGACGUCGAGCACUAGCGCCGCGAGGCCGAGCAUUGCGGCCGACCAGAGCUUAUGA